UUGCAUUCAGUCUGCCCAACGCUGCGCAGCUUGGCGUAUCUCUUCUCUGAACAAAAGCAGCGGACACUUUGCAGAAUUUGACAAUGUGUGUGUCUAAUCUGGACAAAUGAAGAACCGCAGCAAUAAUUAGAUCCCUGUAGACGGCUAACUACUAUAAAAUAGGCCAUAAACAAACAGCUCUGACGCAGAGAAUUGAUAAACAGGAGAGCGCUGGGGAGCCAAAAACAAUGCCGAAUAUCGGGAGAGUGCCGCCUACUAAAUGAGCGUUAAAUUAAAAGAACGUUACCCAAACGACGCCAACUCAGUCAGCCACUGACAACGAACCCGACGAAACCACCGACCCGGCGGGAAAAAAACCAAACGAAUCGAAAAGCUAAUUACCAGCGGGUAGAAAGGCCAUUUGGAAUAUUAAAUAAUUAAGCCAGUGAAAUGCGCGACGCGCCCGAAGAUCAGUCCGUAGCAGUCUCGAUGCCGACAUCUGUAUCCGUCUCUGCCGUCGGCUCCACGGGACCGCCAUCUGAACGCCGGAUGACGCAGCGCCUUCUCUUGGAGCUCUUGGUGGUGGUGGUGCUCGUCAUUCCCAUCUGCGUGUACGAGUUCGCAGUGGAUCCCGUGCGACGCGGCUUCUUCUGCGACGACGAGAGCAUCAGCUAUCCGUUCCAGGACAACACCAUCACGCCUGUGAUGCUCGGCCUGAUCGUGGGCCUUCUGCCGGUCCUUGUCCUUGUGGUGGUGGAGUACGUAAGCCACCUGCGCGCCGGAGAAAUCUCGGCCACGGUGGACCUGCUUGGCUGGAGGGUGUCCACGUGGUACGUGGAGCUGGGCCGCCAGUCCACCUACUUCUGCUUUGGCCUUCUGCUCACCUUCGACGCCACCGAGGUGGGCAAAUACACCAUUGGACGCCUGAGACCGCACUUCCUGGCCGUUUGCCAGCCGCAGAUGGCGGAUGGGAGCAUGUGCUCCGAUCCGGUUAACCAGCACCGCUACGUGGAGAACUACGAGUGCGUAGGCGAGGGCUUCACCGUGGAGGACGUGCGCCAGGCCCGCCUCAGCUUUCCAAGCGGGCACUCUAGUAUGGCUUUCUACGCCAUGAUUUAUGUGGCGCUCUACCUGCAACGGAAGAUCACCUGGCGGGGAUCGAAGCUGACCCGGCACUUUGUGCAGUUCGCGAUGGUGAUGGUAGCCUGGUACACGGCCCUCAGUCGCGUGAUGGACCAUUGGCACCACUGGUCCGACGUUCUUUCUGGAUCGCUACUUGGUGUGACCGGCGCUCUAAUUACCGCCCACUAUAUAGCAAGGAUGUUCGACGACGGGGCAAGCAACAUUCUAAGCGUAGGUCUGAGGAGGGAAGACACAGCAGCCACGCUUCAGGAGGAGGUCUGCCCCACCACACCCCCGCCGUACUCCGCGAACAACAGCUUCAGCGAGGAACAGUACUGCUCGAAGGUGUAGGGCGGGGAACAUACUUUCGAGGCAAUGUAAAUUCGAAACAUUCCAAAGGGCGAAUGAAUUGAAAUACCGCAGACUAUUGACGAGCAAGCGAAUUUCUCAAUCUCAGCGGGCUUUGUGCCUCUUUUAU